AUGGAGAUGAUCUUAAUUUCUCUAUGUCUAGCCACCUUAUUGGCCUUUCUCUUCCUAAAACGACUCUUCAAACGAACAACCACCACCAAACCUAACGUCCCACCACCGUCUCCGUGGCGGCUUCCCAUCAUCCACAGCCGUGUCCCCGUCCUUGUGGUCUCCUCUGCUGAAAUAGCUCAUGACGUUAUGAAAACACACGAUCGUAUAUUCGCCAACCGCCCUAUAACCAAAGCUAUGGAGAAAGUUAUGAAAGGUGGGCGAGAUAUUGUCUUUGCCCCCUAUGGCGAAUAUUGGAGGAAUAUGAAGAGUUUAUGCAUAGUGCAUCUUCUGACCAACAAAAUGGUUCGGUCCUUUGACAAAGAGAGAGAAGAAGAGAUUAAUAUUCUGAUGGAAAAGUUGGAGAAAGCAAGUUCAUCUUCUUCUACAGUAAACCUUAGCCAAUUUUUUAUCACCCUAACAAGCGAUGUAAUGAGUAAAGUUGCCUUGGGAAGAAAAUAUAGUAGUGACGAAGGCACAGUCGAUAUCAAGACCGUAGUGAGGACAUUUUCUCGGGUAUUUGGCUCAUUCCCUGUAGCGGAAUACAUUCCUAGUUUGGCAUGGAUAGAUUGGAUCCGCAGAUUGGACGGUAAAGCAGAAGAAGUAAGUAAAACAUUCGAUGACUUUCUGGAAAAGGUGGUGCAAGAACAUGAUUUAGAUGUAGAUAAAAAAAGAUCAGGUUUUGUUGAUACGUUGUUAUCGAUUCAAAGAGAGCAGACGACGCCCUUCGUUUUUGAUAGAAGCAACAUAAAACUCAUCAUUUUGGACAUGUUCAUAGGGGGAACAGCAACAACUUCGUCACUACUAGAAUGGACAUUGACAGAGCUUGUGAGACAUCCAGAAUGUGUGAAAAAGCUUCGAGACGAGAUUUGUUCCGUUUCAGCGCAUAAUUCAUAUGUAAAUGAGGAAGAUGUUGAAAAGAUGAACUACUUAAAUGCUAUAAUCAAGGAGACACUUCGUUUACAUCCGCCACUUUCAAUAAUAGUACCCCGACUAUUAAGCGAAGAUGUCAGAUUAAGAGGAUAUGACAUUGCUGCAGGCACACAGGUGAUGAUUAAUGCGUGGGCAAUCCAACGAGAUAAUGCAACAUGGGGACCAGAUGCAGAAGAAUUUAAGCCAGAGAGACAUUUAAAUUCAUCUUUGGAUUUUCAAGGACAAGAUUAUAAAUUUAUUCCCUUUGGAUCAGGUAGAAGACUAUGUCCUGCAAUCAGAUUGGCAUUGGUAUUGGUUGAAGUGACAGUAGCAAACCUUGUGAAACGGUUUGACUGGAGAGUCCAGGUCGGACCACAUGGAGUUGAUAAGCUUGAUCUAGCCGAGGCAGCUGGUAUAGAGGCAUGUUGCAAAUACCCUCUUAUUGUCUUUCCAACUUCUGUUGUGUUCCCCAUUUAA